AUGAAAUUUCUUGUUUUCUGUGCACUUUUGGCUGUAAUUUCAGUGGUUUUGGCGAUUCCAAAUCGACCAUUUGGGCCGUUGAUUUAUGAAGGUAAAUCACCAGCAUGUCCAAGAUUUGGAAAAACACCCUUCGGUAUUGGUGAGUCUUUUUUGGAUUUCUAAUCUCUCAAAACCAUUUUUUGUUUUCUAGACCAACUGAAGAAGUUCAUCGGAAUGGGAAAAUCACCAUCUAUAAAUCCAUUUGGUAAGUUUGUGGUGCCAAAAUAUUUUUGAAUUCCUAGCCCGCCUAAUAUAUUUUUCUUUUCAGGAAAAUCACCAGUGUUCAUGAGAAUGGGAAAAUCACCAUCGAUCAAUUCAUUUGGUAAGUUUUUUUUGGAUUUCAAAACCAUCAAAUAUUUUCAGCAAAAGCUCCAUCAUGUCCAAGACUUGGAAAAUCACCAAUUGAAGUAUAG